CCGCCGCCGCCGCCGCCGCCCUCCGCCUCUCUUCGCUGCACUAAUUCCGAUUCCAUUAAUUUUCAAUGGCGCCGCCGAUCAGAUCUGCCUCGAAUCCAACGCAGGGCCACGGCUUUGCCGCAGAUCCGCCGGGGCAACACCCACCGUCAAACAACCUGUGGAUCGGAAACGUGGCGGCGGAAGUCAGUGAUGCGGAACUGAAAGCGCUGUUGGAGAUGCACGGCAGAGUUGACAGCGUCACGACGUAUCCAUCCCGUAACUACGCGUUCGUCUAUUUCACAGAAGUCGACGGUGCGAAAUCUGCCAAACAGGGCCUCCAGGGGCAUAUCCUCCGCGGGCAUGCUCUCAAAAUUGAGUUUGCUAAACCGGCUAAGCCAUGCAAGAGUUUGUGGGUGGCUGGAAUUAGCCCGUCUGUUGCCAAAGAAGAUUUGGAGAAAGAUUUCCUCAGAUUUGGUAAAAUCCAGGAAUUUAGAUUCCUCAAAGACCGCAACACUGCAUAUGUCGAUUAUAUUGAACUGGAAGAUGCUACUCAGGCACUGAGAAAUAUGAACGGCAAACGGGUUGGUGGUGCUCCAAUACGUGUGGAUUAUCUUAGGUCACAAUCUUCCAGACGAGAGCAGGGCCCAGAUGCAAAGGAAGGCCAAUUUCCCGGUAGGAACAUGGGGGCUUCUGAUUUUCGCUGGAUGGGACAAGAUUCCUUGAACAGUUAUUCCGAACCUAGUAUUCUUGGCCCCAAAAGAAAAAGUCAAUUCCCUCCAGUAGGGCCACAAUAUGGAGAUGCACCGCUAAGUAAAGUGUUGUGGAUAAGGCAUCCUCCUUCGGUUAUCAUCGAAGAAGACAUGCUCCAUAACGCCAUGAUUUUAUUUGGGGAAAUCGAAAGGAUAAAGACAUUCAGCGGCAAGAGCUACGCUUUUGUGGAAUUCAGAAGUGUUGAAGAAGCUCGUCGUGCCAAAGAGGGACUUCAAGGCAAGCUGUUCAACGAUCCUCGAAUUUCGAUUGAUUAUUGGACCAAUGAGUUUCCAUUUCCAGCUGCUGCUCCGAUGGAUGUUCUUGGUCUUAACCUCCCUGGGUUACUGGGCAAUAAUCCUGUACGCCCACCAUCUUUUGGAAUUCGUGAACCUGAUCUGUAUACGAGGCCACCCAUUGGCCCACAUAGUUCCUUCGAACCUGCACUUCACGGCGCAGAAUUAAUUGACAUGCAUAAGCCAGGUCACCAAUCUCUGAUGGGAGGGCCCACUUGGAGAAGGUCAUCUCCCACACCUGGAGCAGACUCUUCUCUUUCACCAAGUUCUGGUGUACCAAACAGAUCCGCUUCGAGUUGGGAUGUUUUUGACGGUAACCAUCUUCAGAGAGAAUCUAAAAGGUCAAGGUUCGAUGCUGCUUUGCUUCCUCAAAGAACAGAAAACCAAGGACUGGAUGAACAAUACGGACCGCGCUCCCUAACUAGGGGCUCAAGUGGCGGACUUGGGCAGCGCCAUGUUGAAAGUGAUUGCAUAUGGAGGGGUCUAAUUGCAAAGGGUGGAACGCCUGUUUGUCGUGCUCGAUGUGUUCCCGUAGGAGAUGGGCUCGAUGUUGAAAUUCCUGACGUGGUUAACUGCUCCGCACGAACUGGAUUGGACUUGCUUAGCAAACACUAUGAUGAUGCUAUUGGGUUCAGUAUAGUAUUCUUCUUGCCCGAUAGCGAGGAGGAUUUUGCAUCAUAUACAGAGUUUCUGAGAUACCUAGGUUCAAAAGACAGGGCUGGAGUUGCAAAGUUCGAUGACGGGACCACAUUGUUUUUGGUACCUCCGUCUGAUUUUCUGACUAAAGUUCUUAAGGUUUCUGGUCCAGAACGUCUUUAUGGAGUUGUUCUCAAGUUUCCUCAAGUAGUUCCUAGACCCAUUAAUCCACGGCCCGUACCCGUUCAUCCCAACUAUGCAGAUCCACCCAAAAUGACAACUUUGCAUUCGGGAUAUAGUUCUUUCCCCAAAGAGGAAAGGGUUUUUCCUUAUGAUAAUUCUAGGGUUUCGUCCGAGGAUUUGAAAUUGCCUCCGAAAAUUCCUCUCCCUGUAUCUAGCUCUUACCCUGCACAGCCAGUUCCACCGACUACAGCCGCUCCCCAGACUGGUUUUUCUUUGACACCUGAACUUAUUGCUACCCUAACUUCAUUUCUACCUUCUAACAACGGCUCCUCCGGUUCACAAACUGCGUCGUUACCGCAUAAUCCCUCUAUCCUAGGCGGUGCGCCGUCAAAUGUUAAUACUGGUCAUGACACAAACGCAUCCCAUUGGAAGAAUGAACAUCUCCAACAACUCGGCAGCCAAAUCAACUCCCAUUUGCAACAUCUGCAAGAAUCUCAGGCUGCUCCUAUAAUUCCAAAGACGACGAAUAGCCCUUAUCAUCAAACAUUGAAUUCGUACCACCACCCAAUGCACGACCACACAAUGAAAUACGCACCUCAAGGCGCCGCCGCCGCCGCCGCCGCCAAUUCUUCUAAACCAAUGCCGCCUGUAAUUCCUUUCCAAAGCGGACCGGUUUCAAUGGCGCCACAAGAAAUGAACCAGCACUAUCAACAAGGAGGGGGCUAUCCGGAUUAUUUUAGGGGUCAAGGGAUCGAUAACGAAACAGAUGUUCAUAAGUUCUAUAAUCCGUCUGCCGUACAUCAACAGCCCUAUAUUCCGUUAUCCAGUCAAAGUCAUGCUAAUGGAGUUUCUCAGCCACAGCCAUAUAUUAUGCCGCUGCCUUCUGAAGUGGAUCAAAGCCAGCUCCCUCAGACUGCUCCAUUUGGGUCGGUCCAACAGGAAAUUGAUGAAACGGAAGCCGAUAAAAACGAACGAUAUAAGACAACGCUGUUGUUUGCGGCCAAUCUCCUGUCUCAAAUACACCAGCCAUCGGGUAAUCAAUCUGGUCAGGGUGCGGGGAGUCAUUGAGUACAGAAAGCUCAGUCAGGUAACUCACUACAAACUCUUGGUUGAUGCCUUUUUCUUCGGCUGAAGUGCUGCUAUUUGCUUUUUAUUCUUAAUUAUUGCUUCCAUGCUCAUGUGAAUAAAAACUUUAAUUGUUUUCCGAUUCGUUUGCGUCUUAUUACCUAAAAAUAUUAAAUAGUUUAUACGGUGGAAAAAGGCUUUGGGAAAUUAGUUUCUGUAGGACACUAAAAUUCUAUAAGGUUAGUAGUUUGCUCAUAGGCAUAGUUUUUAGGAUUGAGCAAGUGCCCGAUUCAUUUGUGCCCUCCGAAGAUUUCGGAAGUCUUUUGGGAUGUCGAAGAAUUUCUAAUAAUUCAAAGGUUACGGUUCUCCCAGCAAUCUUUAGUAGCAGCAUUGAUACUUGAGACUGCCGAGUUCUUGGCCUCAUAACACUUCGUUCAGUUGUUUGAUUCUUCAAUCUUAAGGCUGUAUCAUUGAAGAAUGACGUAAUUUUGGUCAUAUACUCGUUUUUUACCGUUCUUGCUUCUUGCAUUAUUGUCUGGUAUUGAAUGAGCCACUUGUGGUGGUAUCUCUUUGUUCA